AUGGAUAGAGAAGCCAUAUUAGCGUCUCUCCGUGCAUUGUCCACGUCGCCGUUUCUUGCGCCAGGCGCUACAAUCACACCGCCUUUGAUCCCCUUCGGUAUAGCCACUCCCCCGUCCCCCUUCACUCCCCUCGCCCCGCCUUCGUCCCCUUUCGCCGCCGCUUUCCGUGCGAGCCCCUUCGCGACGAGUCCUAUCGCGUGCGCCAACCUUGUAAAUAUCCCCAAAUUUGCAAAUUUCGCUUUACAGCAGCACCAGCCGAUUCCAGACCUCGCGUUCCCCAGCUCGGCGCCCCCGCUACCCCCGCUCGGCCGGAGCUCCCCGCAUGCGGACGCCUUUUCGAAGAGCCCGCAGCCAGCGCCGCCGCGCCGCGAUAUUCUCGGGACGGGAACAGCUAUAAUUCGAGACAACGCCGCGCCGCGGGAAGCCCCCACGCCGCCUCAGCCGCCGCGCAGAUCUCCCUCGUCUCCUGCGCGGAAUCCGCUGGAGGAAAUGGCCGCGCCGCCGCUUUCCUCCCGUAGUGGCGCAAGUGACAGCUUCAGUAACCGCAACAGUGAUUGGCGCAGUGGCGGAAGUGACAGCCCCGCCGGUGACCAUAACUGGCGCAGUGGCGGAACUGGCCGCUUCAGUGGCGGAAACGACCGUUCCGCCGGUGCCCCCGGCGACUUCGAAGGAACAGUUCCGGCGGGCGAAGGGACUGUCGCUGGUGUGCGACAUGCCGUGCGACGACGUGGCGUUGACAGUCCGCUCGUGCGAGAACAAGCAGUGCAAGCGGCAGCAGCGGCAGCAGCAGCAGCAGCGGCGGCGGCAGCGGCAGCACCGCCACCGUCGCCGCUGCUAUCCCCAGCAGCAGUAGCAGCAGGGGCAGGGGCAGGAGCACUGUCCAUCCCUCUGUUUCUUCCGCACGGCACGAGCCCGCAUGCAGCAGCCGCGGCAGCAGUGCGCAUGCGAGCACUCAUGGGCAUGUGCGAUGAGUCCCAGCAGAGCAACUCCGUGCCUGUGCCGGGGACUGUCGCUCCCCCUGUGCCUCCUACUCUACCUGUGAAUGCUCCUGGGAUGGCAGGGAAUGGUAACCUCGCUUCUUCUGCUGGUGCUGGUGCUGGUGCUGAUGCUGGUGCUGGUGCUGGUGCUGCUUCUGCUGCUGCCAGUGCUGGUGCAAGUGCUGGUGCAAGUGCGGCUGGUGGGGCGUGGGGAGCGGGAAGAAGAGAAUCAGACGCAUUUAAGCAUCACCAGCACCAGCAGAGGAUGCUGGGGCGGAGCAAACUAGGGACUCUUAAAGAGGAUGAAGAAGCGGAGGUAGCAGGAAAUAAGGGAGGGGCAGAGGAGGAGGAGGAAGAUGAGGACACGGAUAGGGGCAGGGUGGGGAAGGAGGAUAGGAGAGGCAUGAGGAGAGGGGUCGAUCAGGCUCGGGAGCGGCUGAGCUCGGACGGGUCAGGUUCGGACGGCUCAGGUUCGGAAGGAAGUGGGGAGGUGAGGAGGUGGGAAGAGGAAAGGGAUGAGGAUGACGAUGAGGAGGAGAGGGAGGAUGAGGAGAGAGAGGAGAGGAGGGAAAGGAGGGAGGAUUUGCAGAGGAAGGAGCAGGAGGUGUGGAGGCUGCUUAGGGAGACGAGUGUGCUGCAGCAGAUGGCGCAGGUGCAAGCACAGGCUCGGACGCAGUUCGAAGCGCAGGCUCGGGCGCAGCUGGAGGCUCGGGCAUGCAUGGAGGCGCAGGCUCGGGCCGAAGCUGUGGCGCAGGCUCGGAUGCAGGUCCAGGCGCAGGCUUUCAUGGCAUCUCAGGCAGCAUUAUUAGCACAGGCUCAGGCUCAGGCGCAAUUGCAAGUGCAGGCUCGGGCCCAGGCUGAAGCGCAGGUUCGGGAGGCUUUGGUUCGGGGGGCUCAGGUUCGGGCUUUGAGCCCAUUUGGUGCGGAGCAAGCAGGUGUGGGAGUGACGUCAGCUGACAGAGAGGCAACAGCAGACGGACACGCAGCAGCAGAGGGGCAGGAAGCUUUGCGUCGCAUCAGUACAGAUGGGGGUGGGGACACGUGGCAGUCAGGGGGUGGGGGAGAGUCUGAGCGAGGAGUUGAAUUAGAGCAUGGGGGAACGUGGGGGCAUGGGCGACCCAAGACAACAAUCCACAUACAUGGGCGAGCGGCUAGUAUGGACCUCAACAAUCCACCCAAGACACGACCUCCUACACAUGUCAACCCCCUCCCACCAGCUCACCCAUCUGUACCACCUGAAAACACACCUGAACACCAUGGGAAUGCACCUGAGCUGCCCAAGAGCGCACCUGACAUACGGGAAAGCACACCUGAGCUCUCUCCUGAAGACCUGGCCAUGUUCCAUUCAUUCGCUCACUUCGAAGCCACACUCCCACCAAGCCUCAGCCAUCCGAGCCUCCAUUCUUCCGAACCUUGGUCUCCCGGGUCAUCUGCCAAACCUAGCAACGCCAAUCCCAGCAAUGCCGAGCCUAGCUGCGGUGGACCUAGGAACCCCAACUACAGUUUUGUGCCGUCGCCGCCGCUCUCCCAGCAGCUGCACGAGUGUGGGCCCAUGCCGGAAGAUACACUCGCCUUUUGCCUCCGACAGGUGCUGGAGGCCCUUCACUCCCUUCACGCCCACGGCAUAACCCACGGCAACGUCCGCACCUCCACGGUCUUUGUCCCGGACGAUGGGGUCGUGCGACUGGCCGGCAUCGCUUGGCUGGACUCCAACGGGCACGGGGACAGCCGGGUGGCACACCUGUCUCCUGAAGCCAUUCGAGAGGAAGGGGAGGGGCCGCCAUCUGAUGUGUGGGCGUUGGGAUGCCUAGCUGUGGCCAUGGCUACUGGAGCACAGCCGUGGGCUGAUAUCACAGACAGCGAGCAGGUGAAGUUGUUCAUUGCUCACAGUCGAGACCUACCUGAGCUACCACCUGAUUCUUCACCUGAGUUCGCAGACUUUGUUGCAUCCUGCUUGAACCGCGACCCUUCAAAGAGGCCAACAGCCGCAGCCCUCAUAAGCCAUCCAUUCCUUGCUGCGUCAUAG